AUGGGACUCACCUACAGCAGCCUCGUUAGCAAGGGCACCUUGGUGCAGACAAAGGGCACCGGUGCUUCCGGUUCUUUCCGCUUAAAUAAGAAGCCUGGUGAAGUGAAGGAAAAAGCCCCCAAGAAGCGGGCAGCUGCAGCUAAGCCUAAAAAGCCGGCGGCCAAGAAACCUGCCAGCGCCGCCAAGAAGCCCAAGAAGGCGGCCGCGGUGAAGAAGAGCCCCAAGAAAGCCAAGAAGCCGGCGGCUGCUGCGGCCAAGAAACCUGCCAAGAGCCCCAAGAAAGCGACUAAAACUGGCCGUCCCAAGAAGGCAGCGAAGAGCCCAGCCAAGGCAAAGGCGGUGAAGCCUAAGGCGGCUAAGCCUAAGGCGGCCAAGCCUAAAGCGGCCAAGGCAAAGAAGGCAGCGCCCAAAAAGAAGUAA